GAGCACGAGCAUGGACAUGGAGGCGCAUGUGCUCCUCUUCCCAUGGCCGCAGCAAGGGCACAUAAACCCCAUGCUCCACCUCGCCUCCGCCCUCCUCGACGCCGGCCUCCGUGUCACCUUCCUCCACACCGACCACAACCUCCGCCGCCUCGCCCUCGCCGGAGCGUCGCCUCGUCAUCCACGCCUCCGCCAGCUCUCCAUCCCCGACGGCCUCCCCGACGACCACCCGCGCUCCGUCGGCGGCCUAAUAGAGCUCCUGGACUCCAUGUGCACCGCGGGAAGCGCAGCGUACCGCGCCCUGCUACGGACGGAGUCAUGUCGUCCCGACUCCGACGACGCCGCUCUGCCGCCCCCCGUGACGUGCGUCGUCGUCGACGGAGUCAUGCCGUUCGCCACCGCCGUCGCCGAGGAGAUGGGCGUGCCGGCGCUCGCGUUCCGCACGGAGGUGGCGUGCAGCUUUCUGGCGUAUCUGUACGUGCCCAGGCUCCUCGAGCUCGGCGAGACCCCCGUCUCUUCCGACGAGCAGGUGCACGGCGUCCCAGGGAUGGAGAGCUUCCUACGGCGCCGAGACCUUCCGCGUGUGGUGCCAAAAGGAGACGACGACGACGUCGCAGUGAUGCUGACCAUCGCCGACACCGCCGCUCAAUGCCGCAAGGCGCGGGCGCUGAUACUCAACACCACCGCGUCCAUGGAAGGGCCGGCGCUCGAGCGUAUCGCACCUCACAUGGGUGACGUCUUCGCCGUGGGCCCGCUCCAUGCCAUGGCCGCCGCAGCAGGCGAAGUAGAGCACGCGAGGCAGCUGCGGCGGCGCGAGGUCGACGAUGACGGCUGCACGGCGUGGCUGGAUGGCCACAAGGACCGGUCUGUGGUGUACGUAAACCUAGGGAGCCUCACGAUGGUGAGGAGCGAGCAGCUGGCGGAGCUCCUCCAUGGGCUCGUCGCCGCCGGGUACGCCUUCCUCUGUGUGCUCCGCUCGGAUAUGGUCAGCACAUUUGUUAUAAGCUCGUCGUCGUCGUCGUCGGUGGUCCUCCAAGAAUUAGUGGGCGAGGUGGUGGCGGAAGCCGGCGACAGGGCGCUGGUGGUGGAGUGGGCGCCGCGGGACGUGCACCACAUCCUCCGGCACCGCGCAGUGGGGUGCUUCCUGACGCACGCCGGGUGGAACUCGAUGCUGGAGGCCGCCGUGGAGGGCGUGCCGGCCGUGUGCUGGCCCUUCUUCGCCGACCAGCAGAUGGUCAGCCGCUUCGUUGAGGCCGUCUGGAAGACGGGGCUGGACAUGAAGGACGUGUGCGACAGGGCGGUGGUGGCGAGGAUGAUCAAGGAGGCCAUGGAGUCGCCGGAGAUGAGGGCGUCGGCGCAGGCCAUGGCACGCCAGCUGAGGAUUGACGUCGCCAAGGGUGGCUCGUCGUCGUCCGACAUGGAGCGCCUCGUCGGCUUCAUCACCGAGCUCAGCGCCAUGCAAAUUGGAUCCACGCAAGUCGAGAAUUCAUCGCCACCACCACCAGCUCCGCUUGCCACUUAAG